CAAAAAAAUCAAUAACAUUAUCUCUUUCUUUUGUCCUUUCAGAAUUAGUAGGAACAAGACUGAAUACAUGGAAUGUCGUUUUAGCGGCCGGGAAACAGAAUCAGAAGUGGAAGUUAGGAUUAACUCUCACCUAGUACCUAAGGUAGACAAGUUCCGAUAUCUUGGCUCGGUAAUCCAGGCUGAUGGGGAGUUAGAUGGGGAUGUUGGACAUCGUGUUGGAGUGGCUUGGGCCAAAUGGCGGUUAGCUUCAGGGGUGUUGUGUGAUCCGAAGGUUUCGCCCAAGAUGAAAGGUAAGUUCUAUCGAUCCGUAGUCAGACCUGCUAUGUUAUAUGGGGCAGAGUGUUGGGCGGUUAAGAAGACUCAUGUGCGUCGUCUGCAUGCGGCGGAGAUGCGGAUGCUACGAUGGAUGUGUGGGAAGACAAGGUUGGAUAGGAUUUCGAACGAAGUUAUCCGACGUCAGGUGGGCAUGGCGCCAGUAGAAGAUAAGUUGCAGGAAGCGAGGUUGAGAUGGUUUGGUCAUGUGAGACGGCGGGAUGCUGACGCCCCUGUUGAGCCAGGGGUCUCUUGGAAACAGCCUCCCUACUUUCGAGUAGGGGCAAGACCCUUUCCUUCAAUGGAUUUUCCUUUAUUUCCAUUUGAUUUGAAUGAAGUUCCUCCAUUGUCAGCAUUAGAACAUGCAGCUUUUAAAGGUGUUUGUUUCCCUACAGCUCCAGAACCAGCCGUAACCUCACUCCUCUUCAAUGGACAUCGAGCUUCAAACAAUCCAGACCCCGAUGCUGGACGUCUUUCAGUUGCAAGUCUUGCACAUCUUUCAGCUUCUGCGACUGUGCACACCGGGCAGAACACGUCACCUGCAGAACAUGAAGAAAACCAACAGCAGGCGCGAAGCAAGCCAAGGUUCUCAAUGGAGUUAAGCCAAGAAACAACCACCUUUUACACCUUACCAACUGAGGAUGACCCAUAUAGAACCAUACAGUCAAAAAAGUUCAUUCUAAAAAUCAUGUUUGUAGCAGUAGUGGGGAGGCCAAGGUUUGGGGAAAGUGGUGAAACAUUGUGGGAUGGGAAGGUUGGAAAUUUUCCCUUUACAUAUGAGGAAGUUGCUAAAAGAAAUUGUAAGAAUAGGCCGGCUGGAACACUGAAAACAAAGCCAGUAGAUGUUGUAAACAGGCAAGUAAUGAAGGCAAUGAUGCUUACUAGAGUCAUAUCAGAAAUGAAGUCGAAGUGGCCUGAUCCUCAUAACAAGCACAUUAUCAUACAACAAGAUAAUGCAAAACCACAUGUUGACCCUGCUGACCUUGAAAUUGUACAAGUUUGUCAAGAGAAUGGUUGGGAUAUUAGACUGCAAUUCUAGCCUCGCAACAGUCCUGACUUAAAUGUUUUGGACUUGGAAUUCUUUAGAGCUAUUGACAGUAUCAAAGAUCAAAAAGCUCCAAAGAAUGUUAAAGAUUUGAUCGGUGAUGUGGAAAAAGCCUUUAAAGAAAUGACUCCACAAAAACUGAAUAAGGUGUUCUUAACCUA